UCCUUCUUUUCUUCACAUAAAUAAAAGAACAUGCCAUCGAUCCCUCGCGCUCGAGUUAUUGUCAAUGGAGUCCAGAGAAUGAGGACAUACCAUUACUAUUGGUGUAGACAUUGUCAAAGAUCCAUUAGGACAACUUCAGCCAAUCCAUUUGAAAUUUUAUGUCCUCAUUGUUAUGGUCAAGUUUUCUAUGAACUUGAUGUGACAAGGCCUAGGCUUGUACUUUCUAAUGUCACAAGGCUACAACCACAACCUUCCUCCAAUUCUCGCCUUCUUGAUGCCUUAGCACUCAUGGUUGAUCCACCAAUUAGGCAACAAAACAACGAUGGUGAUGAAAAUCAUCGUAGGACUAGACAACGUACUCGUGUCAUUCUCCAAUUUAUUGGCCCUGAUGAUCAACCUAUUAGGCCUGUCUCUCCUGAUGAGAACGCGUUUUAUUUGCCAUCCCUUCAAGAAUUGACUCAGAAUGACAGGCCAGGGCCACCUCCAACGCCAUCUUCAGCAAUCGAUGCAUUGCCAAGAAUUUACCUAACACCAAACCUUUUGGAAAAUGACUCUGUUUGUCCUGUUUGCAAGGAUGAGUUUGAAGUUGGGAUAGAAGUUAUAGAGUUACCUUGCAAGCAUUUUUAUCAUUCUGAAUGCAUUGUUCCAUGGCUUAGACUCCAUAAUACUUGUCCCGUUUGUCGGUAUCAACUGCAAGGAUUCUCAAACAAUGAGGACCAAAAUGGUUACACUUAUGAAUUUAAUGAACAAGAAGAAGAAGAGGAGAACAUACAGAAUCCUCUCAUUUGGGGUUGGACUCAGCUUACCUCUCUUUGGCCUUUUAGUUUGAUGUCAAGUUGGAGACACAGAUACUUCAACACUUUUGAGACUACAACUUCUGCUUUUCCUAGAGGGAGAGCUUGGUGGAAUCCUUGGAUUUUCUCUUGAUAAUGGUUCCUUAUUUCAUUUAAUAACAGUACAGAGUAGUUUGCUUUUUUAUCAUUCUUUGCUUCAAUAGGAACUAAACAGGUAUGUUGACAAAACUAUAUAUCUUUCUGAAUUUGAUGGAUGGAAAUUAUCUGAGAAUGGGGUCAAAAAGAUUCAUAAGGUAUGCGCCCGUCCUUCCUUCUCAAUCAAAAAAAUAAGUGAAUGAAUCUAAAUUAUAUACACAUAGGAAACUCGCAAGAACAUGAUACUUCAUACUUAUUUUGACCAUUAAAUAUGAAAUUAACCCUUUACUAAUGGCUUCUAGAUUUCAAGAGUGCUAUCAAAGUGAUGGAAUUAUUUUCAGCCACAAAUAUGCAUAGAAGAAAUGGAGAGAAAGAGAAGGCCCACUAUUUCCAUGUUCAAUGUGACUUUAUGGACCAAACUUUCUAUUUGCCCUAUUGGUCAAAAUUAUAUGUCUAUCAAAAACCUCAAACUAAAAAUCUAGUAUUUUUUUAGAAUGAUGAUGAUACCAUUAACAAACAAAUUCAUUUGUUGUGGUAGGUGAAGGAAUGAUUAACAAAUUCCAUGUAAAGAAGCUGGUGUUUUAGUAGGACCUGUUUUAUAUUAUAUUUCUUUCACUUCAA